GAAACCUCAACUGAUCCAUGGGUAUUCCGAAAGCAGCUGCAGAGGUCGGAUAAAUACUACCGGCCAGAUGCCACAUCUCUGAAAACGAUGCGACAGCGUUUGAGGGAAGUCCACAAUUCUACUUUGGUUGAGGAGAUACAGUCAUCUCCUGAUUACACACUGACGGUGGGCAAUAUCACUUUCAAGUUGGCUGAGGCGCAUGGGUUCUGCUGGGGAGUAGAAAGAGCCGUUGCGAUAGCUUACGAGUCGAGACGUCGGUAUCCGGACAAGACCAUAUGGAUGACCAACGAGGUCAUCCAUAAUCCGACUGUCAAUCGUAAUCUCGAGGAGCUUGGUAUAAGGUACAUUCCUCGAGAUGCUGGCAAUCAAAAGGACUUCUCGGUCGUCAGUGCUGGGGACGUGGUCAUCCUACCAGCGUUUGGAGCUGCUGUAAAGGAAAUGAUGGAGUUGAAGCGGAAAGGCGUCACCAUAGUGGACACCACUUGUCCAUGGGUCUCCAAGGUGUGGUCAUCUGUAGAGCGACACAAGAAGGGUGAAUAUACUUCUAUUAUACACGGCAAGUCGAAACACGAGGAGACCAUUGCGACAAGCUCCUUCGCUGAUAAGUAA